AGCCGUUCACAGGGCCAUGGGGCCACGCAGUGGCGCGACCUGUCACUGGCUGUGUCCACGGGACACGGCCGAUGACUAAUCACUACACCGGCCUUUUGCCAGUGUCAUGUGACAGCUGAAACCAAUCACAGCAGAUCACAUGUCGAUUGUAAAUAAUGGAUGGCUUCCUGUCAUGCCAUUCAUUGUAUACAAUUGUGCUGUUAGCUGUGAUUGAUCAAAGCAGUCACAUGGUACAAGGCUGUUGUGAAUAGCCUUGUACCAUGUGAACUCUGUGAUCAUUCAAAGAUUUCACAUGUAGUAAGCAAUGAUGUCAGAAGUGACAUCCUGCUUACUACUUUGCAUGUGAUGACUGAUUGGCCAAUCAGUGAUCACAUGAUCGGGACCUCGUGCAGACGUCCGACGAUCGGUGUUUCACUGUGUCCGGAGGACACAGCGGGCACUGGAUCGCGGUGCUGCGCGCUCCCUGGGAGCGUGCACAAACAGGGUGCAGGGAGGCCGUUUAUAAACGGCCACCUGACCCUGCAGUGCCACCAUCCGGCCGUUUAUAUACAACGGCUGGUCGGGAAGUGGUUAAAU